AUGGUCUACACACAAGGCGCGGGUGCUCAAGGUCCCAGGAGCUACCCCUUCCAUCACGAGUGUAUAUUCAAUCGCCCUGUCGCCGAUGGUGAGAUUGAUAUCAAGGACACCUUCGACAAGACCUGGGAGCAGGAUCUCCAAGCAAAUCGCCUCAGGAAUCAGCUCAAUGUCUAUGAGCGUUCUCUCGAUCCCCAUCUCAGGAACAGCGUGAAAUCCCUCUGUUUUCGUAUCGCUAACGAGGAUAUGCCGUUUGACGAGUUCAAAUUCUUGUGCCAACAUAUCCCCGUACUUGACAAGAACCUUAUGCCAAUGCUUUCAAUCCCCGAUGCGAUCUAUAGCGGUCUAGACAAAAACCCGAAUUCUGGUGCUUGUGAGAAGCGACCGUUUCCGACCGACGUGCUCGAGUGUCAGCGUCUCAAACAUGUCAUGAUUUGUUCUUCCUCAUGGGAAUCACGUUUUGACAAUUUGGUCCCGCUGGUUUUUGAGGACACGAAUAAUUCUUUCACACGGUGGACACCCGGUAGAGGUAGGCAACAGUACUCCCGCAUCGUUCUAGAAGAGCGAAAGAAGGACGACGAUAUUGCUCUCCUCAAUCAGGACUGGUCCCUUUUCAGUGGACUCGAGAGCCUCUGUUUUGACUUCAACACAAGAAGCUGGCACCACAAACAGCUCGAGAAAUUCAGGUGUCUGCUUGCCAACAUGGGCAAGUCCCUGAAGCUCAAGACACUCGUUGUUUCCGAUUUUUGCAAAGGAACCUUCGAGCAACCCGACAUGGUCGCUUUGCUAAUGACUUGUCUACAGCCAGGCGGUAAGCUUCAUCUCAUCGGUGGGAUCCCCUUGGCUGAUCUCUGA